AUGGAGAGACCAAGUGGCUCUGGUUCCCUGCUUGUCGGCUGUCUCUUCACCAUAGCUGUCUUCCGGUCACCUGCUCAGGUGUCAGGAGAUGCUGGCAAGGUCUACAUAGCCCCUCUUAGGGGCACAGCCAAGUUGCCCUGCCCUCUCUUCCUCUGGCCUAACAUGGUGCUCAGAGAGAUGAGGUGGUAUCGGCCCGGACACCUGCCUCGAACCCAGGCUGUCCACGUGUUCCAGGAUGGGCAGGACAGAGAUGAAGACCUGAUGCCAGAAUAUAAGGGCAGGACGGCCCUGGUGAGGGAUGCCCACAAGGGAAGCUACACCCUGCAAAUCAGUAAUGUGAGGCUCGAGGACCGAGGGCUGUACCAGUGCCAGGUCUGGGUCGGAAACUCAAGUCGAGAAGACAACGUGACCCUGCAGGUGGCAGUUUUAGGUUCUGAUCCCUACAUCCACGUGAAGGGUUACGAUGCUGGGUGGAUCGAGCUGCUGUGCCAAUCAGUGGGGUGGUUCCCAAAGCCGUGGACUGAGUGGAGAGACACUACGGGGAGAGCGCUACUCUCCCUUUCAGAGGUUCACUCCCUGGAUGAAAAUGGGCUGUUCCGAACAGCAGUGUCCAGCAGAAUCAGGGACAAUGCCCUGGGAAAUGUGUCCUGCACUGUCCGUAAUGAGGCCCUUGGCCAAGAGAAGACGACAGCCAUGAUUAUUGGAGCCCCAGAACGAGGGAGUCUGUCCUCUCCAGCGGUGGCUCUCUCCGUGGUCUUGCCCAUCUUGGGACUCCUCAUUCUUCUUGGCAUUUGGCUCAUUUGUAAACAAAAAAAAUCAAAAGAGAAGCUGCUGUAUGAGCAAGUGAUGGAGGUAGAAAAUCUUCUGGAAGACCACGCCAAAGAAAAAGGAAGACUCCACAAAGCCCUCAAGAAACUCCGGAGUGAACUGAAGUUGAAAAGAGCCGCGGCCAACGCAGGCUGGAGAAGAGCCCGGCUACAUUUUGUGGCAGUGACCCUGGACCCCGACACGGCACAUCCCAAACUCAUCCUGUCUGAGGAUAGGAGAUGUGUGAGGCUCGGCGACAGGAAGCGGCCUGUUCCUGAUAACCCAGAGAGGUUUGAUUUUGUUGUCAGCGUCCUGGGCUCCGAGUAUUUCACAACCGGCUGUCACUACUGGGAAGUAUACGUGGGUGAGAAGACCAAAUGGAUUCUUGGAGUGUGUAGUGAGUCUGUGAGCAGGAAAGGGAAGGUCACAGCCUCGCCUGCCAACGGCCACUGGCUUGUGCGACAGAGCCGUGGGAAUGAGUAUGAAGCUCUCACGUCGCCGCAGACCUCCUUCCGCCUCAAAGAGUCCCCGAAGUGCGUGGGGAUUUUCCUGGACUAUGAAGCCGGCAUCAUCGCCUUCUACAACGUGACUGAUAAGUCCCACAUCUUCACUUUCACCCACAGUUUCUCGAGCCCACUUCGCCCAUUCUUUGAACCUUGUCUUCAUGAUGAGGGGAAAAACACGGCACCUCUAAUCAUUUGUACUGAGCUUCAGAAAUCAGAGGAAUCGAUUGUCCCCAAACAAGAAGGAAAAGACCGUGCUAAUGGAGACGUGUCCCUGAAGGUGAACCCAUCCUUACUGUCCCCUCAGGGUUCUGAGCUAUUUCUGCUUAAUGAUACCUGGCCCUCUAACCUUGGCCCUGCCCUUAAGGGGCUCAAGGUUCCUUCGUUGUAGAGCUGUGCCCUGUGCUCUACUCUUGUGAGCAUCCAGCCUGGCACCCUGGACCCAGGUCCUGGCCCAGCAUACGUUUCUCCAGUACCGCAUCUCUUUGACCCCAAUCCAGAACCUUCUGUGGAUUCUGUUCUGCUUUUCUCCCAGGGCUCAGUUCUAAACUCUGCCUGAUUCUUGAGACAUUUCCAUUGCCCUGGUAGAUGACAUUUUGAAAUCAACAAAAUGCACUCGGGCGAGG